AAGUGAAACAAAGCGGUGAACUGUCCUCUUGUGCGGGGUACUGUGGAACAGAGUUUGGCUUCCAUAACUUCGGUGACCAGCCCAAUGCACGUCUGCGGUUUCAGAAAGUGUGCUGGCAAGGCAGCACCUUGCUGGUGCUGUCCAGCUGCUCCAGACAUACUGAACAUUCCAGGAGGUCUGUCAAGAAUGCCUCAUCCAUUGCACACUGCUUUCUUCAGCACUUCAUGAUGGUGACAUCUGUGGUGAAACAUGGUAAACAUGACUGUGAUCUAACGAUGAGCUGGCUCCGGGCGAGUCUUCGACGCAACCGCACUCCCAUCCUCCGCAAUGUGGCACCCGAGACGGUAUUGGAGGCAUUCCGCAUGCACUGGCUGCGAACCCAGCAGCUCAUGGAGAAGUCCAGUCUGUCGGGGACAAAGCCGACAGCAGACGACAUCACGGGCGUUCUCAAUCAUCUCGACCAGAUGGUGAAUUUUCUCGUAGAAGAAGCAACUACAAGUAGGAAUUCAACAACUACCGAUGGCCAGUGUUCCGCCGAUGCCCCAAACGACGCUUCGUCGGACCAGGCUCCCUUGGAGUUGGGGCCCAUUGUGGACUUCCUGCUUGCAGAGGGUGUCCUGGACAAACUGUUUCAAUGGUCGUUACAGGCUGGAGAGUUCCUUCCUGUCCUCAAACAAGAGCAGCUCAGAGUAUACGAGGUGCUCGUGAGCCAUUCCCAGCACGAGCUGCUCCUGCAGCACGGGUUCCUGCGGCCGCUGCUGCACCUGCUGGGCUCCUGCGGUGAGUGCGGAAGUCCCGUGGAGGUGGAGAAACGUCUGGUAGUGUUGCUCAACACACUGUGUGUGUCGCUCUCCCAACACCCACACCUGCUCCAACUAUUUUUCACUACGGGCACACACCAGCCUGCCAGUAGUUUCUCCAAAGUGCACUCUGAAGGAGAGCCUCAGGACACAUGCCCGUGCAACCUAAAAGGGUGGUUCCUGAUAUUCUCGCUGUUGAUCCCGUUUGUUCAUCGAGAGGGCAGCAUAGGUCAGCAGGCACGUGAUGCCCUGCUUCUCUGUAUGGCACUUUCUCGCAAGAACCAAAGCGUUGGCCUUUACAUUGCGGAACACUCAAACUUUUGUCCAGUCUUGGCCACUGGCCUGAGUGGCCUGUACUCCGUGCUACCACGUAAAUUGCCCAUUAUGGCCGAGGAUUGGCACAAGUUGACUCCUGAAGACAUUCAGGAACUUCCGGAGCUGGCGAUGUUUCUGAACUCGCUGGAAUUCUGCAACGCUGUCAUUCAGGUGUCACACCCAACAGUGCAGGAGCAGCUUCUCGAGUACAUCUACCAGGGUUUUCUGGUUCCGGUUCUGGGCCCAGCCUUGCACCAGGAUACUGUGGGCAUAGAUGUUGAGACGCUCGAGAGCUCGUCAUUUUUCUCGAACACACUGGAGGAGAUUGUGACUGCCACUGCUUAUCUGGAGCUGUUCCUGCGGACAGUGACGGAACCGCAGUUGCUGAUGGUCCUGUUCCGCUUCGUGCUCACGGAGAAGUACGAAGACCACCUGGUGGUCAACACUUUGAUAAAUCGACUGGGAUCGCACUCGAGGCUAUGCCUUGUAACGAUGGCCCUGUUUCGAACACUGCUGGACUUCAACUGCGAGGAUGUGAUGCUGGAGUUGGUUUUCAAAUAUCUGAUUCCAUGCUCUCACGUAAUGGUCAGCCAACGAAGCCGAGUUCGCGACGUUGACUUUUACAGCAUGGCUGCCGAAAAGUUCCUCUCCCUCAUCCCAUCCAGCUGCCACACUUCAAGCGCCGACGAAAGCCCGAUCUCCCGCAACCUCCGCCACCCACGCGAGAGCCUCCUCCCUGACGACGUUGCAAAUUCCGAGGGAAGCUUUCGCGCGAAAGGCGGCCAGCGCCGGUCCAUCUCCACGACCUUCCCGAGCUCGGACUCGUCCGCGGCGGAAAGCCCCAAAAUGGCGCAGAACGGAAGUCAGUGGCACGUGUCGGACGACACGGGGUACCACCUGUACCUCUUGGACGCCCGUCACCAAGUUCGUGCGGUGCGGAAAGCGUGCACCGCGUGGUCGUCGUCUUACGAUGGCAGCAGCUCGGACACCAACGGGGUGACGCCAGAUCGAACAGAGUGCGGUGGCGACGACGGUUCUGUGUCGGCCGGGGACUCGGGGGUCUUUGUGACGAAAGAGGGCGUCAAGGGGGGUUUCGAGGCGUUCGGCAGCCCGGACAUUGGGCCGUUCCUCGGGAUUUUGCUCGCGCGGCUGGAGAUGAUGCCUCAGAAUGACGUGUACACGAACCUGCAGCUGACGUCUUUGGUGAGCCGGUUGGCCUUGUAUCCGCAGCCCCUUCUACGAUCGUUCCUGCUGAGUCAUUCGCUGGUGUUUCAGCCGAGCAUACGUUCCCUGUUUCAGGUAUUGGGAUCACUCAAGCACAAAGUGGAUAGCUAUUCGCACACCUUGCCAAAUUUUGAGGAGCUCUUGGGCCGGGCAAGGCAGUUCUUUGUAACGAGGGAAGAGCGGCUCCUGGGUGAGGGGCCUCCCAGACAUUACGGAGGUGACGCGCCCGUUCGACGAAGCUACAGCUUCAGCCAGGGCUUCAUCCGAGGUGAUGCCAAACGACGGAGCUUCAGUAAUCUCUUUCGACGACUCGGAGAUCGGGCUAGCCCACGAGCACCAGCGCUGCAGUCUAUUCCAGAUCAAAGAGGAUACAGGUACAUCUCGUCCGUAUCGAGGGACACGGAGGAAGACCUGAAGCUGGAGUCCAUCAAGACCCGGCAUGCUGUGCUGUGUGCUGUUGUACUGGAGGAGUUUCUAAAAGAAUUAGCCGCUAUCAGCCAGGAGCAUGCCGUUCAGCAGUUGGCGCUCUGACACCCUGUUCACGUUCAGUUCGACCCGAAAUGUUGGCCGUCGUUUCUGGGCUGAAUCCCAUCCACUCAAACACAGUCGCGCUAGCGUUUUGUGUGCCGUCCGUUUCCAUGGUUCCUGCUGCGUAUUUGGGAGCAGUUUCGGCAGUCCCGCCCUCUACAUCGAUGUCGGGAUUUUAUCUGCAUCAGCUUUUUGUUUUAGUUGACCCGGUAUGUUCAGUAUUUGUGGCACAGUUUGCUAUAGUAUCACCUCUUUAGGUAAGUUAGGCCAGCAGUUUGUUACUAGAGCUUUUACCAGUCAGUGAGGGUAAAGACAUCCAUUACGCGAAUUAUAAUGUGAUAAUAGGUUGCACCCAUUUUUGAAUGCUUUAUUUUAAAGUUGUCGCGUCAGCCGUUUGUGUGCAGACGACAAGGGAUAGCACAUUUGGUUUGUGAUAAUUUGGUGUUUCUUGUAGUACGAGUCUCGUAUUUUAUUACUGCAGCUCUGGGUACUGACUUAAGCUUCCUCUUUGUCGCAGGUUCAUGCUUUUUUUUUGUUGUUUUUUUCGUCACCCUAAAUUUGCCGUCCAGCCAGUGCACUUGUAAUGUGCAACUGUUAAGUAUGUCACCACUACAAGUCCUGUUUCUAUUGUUUAUCUACUCCUAUUUAUGUAUGCGUAUCUAAGUAUACAUGUUUGCAUGUUGCAAAUAUGUUUAUGCAUUUACGCAUGCACAUUUUUCUUUGCACGUCCUUUACGUAAACUAACGUAAGCUGUGUACCGACGAAAAAGUCUCGACGUAGAUUUCAAAUCGUACUCCAAUGAUAGAAAGCAGCUCGGAGGUUGUCAGCGGUGAGCAUGCGUAAAGCCAAGCUGGGGCUUGUAAGAAAGCACGCUUGUAAAUAAGUGUAAACAUAUACGUACUUCUGCAAAAGGGAGGUUAUUUUCUUAGCUUUUGUGUGGCACGCUUUCCACCAGCUGCAUGUACAUAGAACAGAGGUCUAUAAAAAACAGUUGGGUGCUUCCAGCAGAAACAAAGCCGUGCAUUUGACAAGCAGCUGUAUUCUCCGUGUUUUAGUGAAACAGUUUGUAAAAUGGAUGAUGACACAGUUUUUCUCUCUCUCAUCUUGGAACAAAAGAAGCUUCCUUGUCGAUAGUGCAGAAUUACGUUCAGAACUAGCGGACGAACUAUCAGGACGCUAUGAAUUGAGGCUGUGAAUGUGAUGUAGACAUAUCUCGGUGAGCCUGCAACAGAUCUGGCUACAGAGUGUACAUAGUGUAUGUUGCGUUGUUUUUUUGUUGACUACUCAAACUGGUGGUUUGACUUUGAAUUUGUAUAUCGUAUUUAAUGCGUGGUACAAGAUGGAACUCUACAUUUUAGUUUUUCUUGCAGCUGCAAUUUUUAAAGAACGUGACAACAUUUAAAAAAAGAAGAAAGAUGAGAAAAGCAGUCUUAAAGUUUAGCUGCCUUUCUGGUAUAAUCUUAACAACUUUCAAGGGCCUAUUUUUUUUCUUCUUUACAUUCAAUGCAAUGAGCCCAAAGGGCUAUGACCUCAGUGAUACCUCUUGUCUUGUUUUAUGCUCGGCAGUUUUAAGUUAUUGACAGAGUUAUGUUUCUGUAUCUAUCAUGUUUGAAAGCGCAUGGUUCAUAAUGUUAUUUGAAGUUUGUAAGUGGGAUGUUUAAACAUUAGAAGAACAUUUCAAGCAAAACAAGAAGAGGUGCAUUAGAAAGGAAAUACUAGUAUAUAAUGGGAGCCAGAUUUGGUGCCCCUAAGGCCAGUUUCACCAACACUAAUUAACUUUAAACCAAGAUCAUGCUUCCCUUAAACUUGAAGUUAGCCGUCAAUUCUUUCUUGGUAACGUUAGUUAGUGACUUGGGGUGAAUUGCAGUAACACUAGCUAACAUUAGAGAAAAAGGGCUGAGUCGUAAUUUCAAGUUAAGGUUUACUCGAUCCGGUGUUGGUGACACUGGCCCUAAGCUGUGCAAGUGCUGUAAGCUUUCCAGCUCUCAACAUAUUCUGUCUGUAACAUGUAAACAGAUGUUUCCAAGUCUUUCAAGAGCAGCACUCAAGAAUGUGCAUAAUGUGAAAAGCCUGUGCGGCAUGUUACUAUUUAUGCCAUGCUGUACAUGAAAGUUUACAUCAGAAAUAAUUUUUUUGUCCUACCCAACUUUGUACAUUCCACUUUGACAAAGGAAGAGAGACAACCUACUCUAUGCUUAUCACUCCUGCCUCCGAAAACCCAAAAUUGCAGACGUAACCUUUAUGAAACGCCGUAGCGCGGGAAGGCUGUGCUCCGCGCGGAGUCGCUGACGUCGGGUCGAUACACCGAAAGCUAGAAACAGUGCUCGGUGUAACGGGUGCCAAAGCUAUAUCGACAGUACUUGAUCGACCGAUAUAGCUUCUGACUAUGCAUCUGCUUAAACAGCCGAAUCCCUGGAUUUUUGCAUCAGUGCGAUAAAUGUGAAGUCGGCAAUUGAAAUACCUUGGUAAAGCACUAAGUGCUCACGUUCUUGAAGCGAACCAUAGUGGUGAACCAGCUGUGGUCAUAUUGUUUGUGUAAAAUGGAGAUAAAUAGGGGCUUUGGAGCUGUUGUUACAAAUAAAUUGUUUUGAGAAUGA